AUGGAGCCGAUAACUGUGGAUGAUGUGGAAGAAGUUGCAAAAAAGUUAGAUCUUGACAAGAUCUAUGAUGAUUUCUUUUUAAAUAGUGAAAAAUCUAAAUUCGUCACUGAUUGUGACGUAUUCGACAAUGAAGGUAAAAAAAGUGAAAAUGCAAAAAAAAUUUGUUCUAAACUCGUUUAUUUUUUAGAAGAAAUAGCAAAAAAUAAAAAUCAAGCACAACGUAAUGAUCAGUGUAAUUAUUUAACAUAUUGGUUUUAUGGAGAAAUAGGGAAAAUACACGGCAAUCACUCAGAAAAUAUAAGCGAUGUAACUUUUGUUAAAGAUCUUAUUGAUGUUGGAAAAAAUGUUUAUAAACGAAUUCAUGGGUUUAAUAAGUGCGAUUUAAUAUCUGAAAAAGGCACCAGUUUGGAUGAGUGGACAAAGAGGAAGAUCUCUUAUAUUUAUUUUAAAAAAUACGAUGACAUUAAAGAUGUUGUUUCUAAAUCUCAUAAUAAAUGCAACGAGUAUUUAAAAUAUCUUAAAAAUGUUAAUUCUUUGUAUCAAAAGUAUUAUAAAGCAAAUUGUCAGAGAUUUUUUUGGUGGCCUUCCCCUAAUUACAUUAAUUGUAAUAAGACGCUUAAUCCCAAUACACUUAUAACUAUAGUAGAAAAAUGUAAAACUGAAGUACCUAGUGAUGUCAGAUCGUUAUGGAGCAUUUUUGGUAUUCUCAGUCCAUCUGGAUCGCCUCGAAAUAAAGAAGCAGGAUCAGGGAAAAGUACCCAGGAUGCUGAAACUGCAAAAGUUAAAUCAAAAGCACUUGAAAAGGUUGGUGGUGAUAAGGCUUCAGCAAAGAUAAGAGAAUUAACAGGUGCUCCACUUGAUAGACGUGUAGAAUCUGCAUUUGUGGAAGAUCAAUCAUCACCUAGUAGAAAUGGAGAAUCAGCACCUGUGAAAGUUCAACCACCAUCUAUAAAGAUAGCUGAAGAACCUGCAAAUGUGAGUCGACAAGUUCCAAUAUCACAUAUCCCCACCGAUAAUACAUAUACUACACAUGCUACAUUCUCUGAAGUCAGCAUCAACAGUUUUGAUUUGCCUAAAAAAAUAUAUGAAACAUUGAAAUUUCUAAAUUUUCGGAAAUCAUUUGCAUGUGCUACAAUAAUUGCAGCAGUUAUCUUCCUUAUAUUCUUCUUUAGUUCCUCUCGUUCAGAACGAAGACCCAGUAGUAGGAUAAAAAAGGAAAAGAAAUACAAGAAUGAUGUUAAUAGUGAUUCUGAAGAAAUAUUAUCAGAACACAAGCCCCCAAAUCCUCACUAUAUUCAAGAGAGCAGCUCAAUAUAUUUGUCUUAUAAUAGUUGA